AAAUUUGAUCAUUCAUUCUGCCAUUUUUUGUAAGUGAAAUCAUUUUUAGGUGUUAUGGUCCUAGAUGUAUCGCCAACUGUUUGUUUAUGAUAUUCCAAUCGGUUGGCGGAUAUUCAAAUUUGUUUUUAAUCAUCGUCCUGAUCGGCGUCCCAACUAUUGUGUAUGUCUUGCAUCGUACAGACGGCGUACGCAAAUGGGCAAACAUUUAAAAGUGUGCAUAAAACUGAGAACUUUACUGCUGAAUACAGGAUCGAAACGGAAAUUGGAAGAGGAAGGUUCGCCAAAGUUUCUUUAGUUAGACAUUGUGAAAGUGGAGAAGUAUCUGCAGCUAAAAUAAUAAGAAGAUGGCGCUGUGGGAAAGAUACAUUGGCAAGCAUAAUGCAAGAGAUAGAUAUGGUGAAAAUUGGUCAUCAGAACCCUCAUAUUGUAAAAAUGAAGCAUUAUUAUGUUGGUGACAAAGAAGUUGUACUACUACUGGAGAAUUGUUUGCAUGGAGAUCUCUAUCAUUAUGUCCAUUACAGUGAAGAGUUGCUUCCUGAAAAUGUAGUUAUUGAAAUACUUCGGCAACUUCUCAAAGCAGUCUCUUUUAUGCAUUCGAAAUCGAUCGUUCAUUUGGAUAUCAAGCCUGAAAACAUUCUUCUCCGACUUCCUCUUCCUCAAUGUGACAUCGCGUUGUGCGAUUUCGGCCUAGCCAAGCAUUUGCGGACAAACGAAGUUAUCAGAGACCUUGCAGGUACACCAGAUUAUGCUGCUCCAGAAGUUUUGAACUAUGAUCCUAUUCAUCUCACAACAGAUAUUUGGAGUGUUGGCGUUGUUGUUUAUUACUUGUUAACUGGUGAAAGCCCGUUCUGGAACGAGAGUAAAGAACAUACGUUUCUAAACGUUUGUCAGUUAAAUAUCUCUUAUCCUGACCACUUAUUCCAAGAUAUUUCUAUGGAAGCAAUUGCUUUUAUAAAGCGUUUAAUCCAAAAGAAUCCAAGAGAUCGCCCAUCAGCUGUUGAUUGCUUUAACGAUCCAUGGCUUAGUUCUACAACGUUCACUGAUGCACUCAAUACAGAUAGCUCUGGCCAAAAUGAACUAGUUUCCGUAUCACAGGAUUUCAACAAAUUAGAUGACUAGAGUUUUGUAAAAGAAUAUUAACACUAAAUUCUCGUCAACUGUGUAUAAAUGUUACUCUAAGGAUUAUUCAUUUAUUUCCUGUCUUUUCAUAAAAGAAAUUUAGAUGUACACUACAUCCACAAAUAUUCACAAGUAUAUUGCGUAGUUUAUUUUUUAUAUUAUGUUUCGUCGUUUCUGUUCGUUUCAUUUGACUUGUACACCCUCUUGUUCAAUAAGCGGCGUUUUGUCUUCAAUUGAAAUAAAAAUUCAUGUUUAUGGA